UUAGCACCAGGUCGAACAACGAUCUCUUGAUCCGGCGAGCAGCAGCAGAGAUCAGAAGAAGGGAGUCGUGUAGGUGCCUGAUUGAAGCUAGCUUGCAGAGGAUCCAUGGCCUUGGAGAGGUUCUUGACGGCGCUUGUUUUCUGCGAGGCGCCCCACGACGGAUACGGCACGUCCGUGAUGACAACCAGCUCUAUCGGCAAGCACGUCUCCGGCGGCACGUCGAAACCUGUUAGGCAUAAACCACGACUUGCCGUGGACGCUGAGGAGAAGAAACAGGGAUACUCCGGCGGGUCGAGGGUGCAGCGGCCUGCUGGGUUCCAGAGGGCGUUCGAUGGCCUCAACUGCUCCGACACCGUCAUGAUGCACUGAGCAUGCCAUUAUUUCUUUAACCUGUAUAGGACUUGGAUCAGCUAGAAUGUUGACACGUGCGUACUUGUAAUGAUUUUUUUCAUUUGAUUGCACUAUUUGACUAGUAGUCCACCUUUCGGAGGAGGCGGCGUGGUCGUCGAA